CUUCGCAGUCUUCCAAACUCAUGACCUUGGAGGACAGAUGCGGUUGCUAUGUCCUUGCGAGUCAUAUUUACAAUGCGUUAGGAUCCAUGAUCAUCGUCUGAUCCAUGUUAGUCCCAGAAUAGUGAAUAAACUAGUAGAUUUCAUACGUUAUGGACCGGAGAAUAUGCAAGUAAGAAAUCUCUGUAAAUAUUAAUGUGAGGUUGUUUGUGAUUUUGAUCACACAUUGUCCAAAUACAUUCACAAUUCUGAGAAGGUUCCUGUUUGUCAUGAAUUGUUCAUGAAAAAUCCCAGAAUUCCUGAGAUAUCUAGAUUACGGCUCAAGGAGCUUCUGGACCUUUACUUACCGCUUGAAACGUCUUGCGGCAUAUAUGAGUGCGAGAAGUUGUCACUCAUGAUGGAAUUUUGGAAAUUGGCCCAUAAAGCAUUGGUUGACGGGAAUGUAUCUCGAAGUGAUAUUGAUGGUUGUGUUUUGGAAGGUGGAAUAGUUCUAAGGAAUAAUGCAACUGAUUUUGUAAAUAAGUUGGCUCAACUCAACAUACCACUAAUUGUAUUCUCUGGAGGCAUAGGAAAUGUUAUAGAAACAGUCCUGACAUCGUCAGGUGUAUCCUUGGAAAAUGUUCGUGUUGUUUCAAAUUUUAUGGACUUCAAUCCUGAAGGUCGUUUGGUUGGAUUUCAAGAUCCUGUUAUUCAUUCUCUUAAUAAAAUGUAUAAUGUAAUACAAAAUUCUGAAUAUUUUGAAACCAUUCUGUCGAAAAGAAUUUGCAUUCUUCUUAUUGGUGACUCAACUAAUGAUGCAAAGAUGAUUGAUGAUGGGGAAAAGUUUUCUUAUGAAAAAGUUAUAGUUAUUCGUAUAGGAUUUUUAAAUGAAAAAAAUGACGAGAAAAUGGAAUUAUUCCGUUCAUUAUACGAUCUGGUUCUUUUGAAUGACGAGACAUUUGAUAUUCCUUUGUUCAUUUUAUCAUCUAUCGUUGAUUCUAUUGAACUAUGUAAACAUGAGAGCAACAAUGAGACCGCAAAUAUCUGACAAUAAUACUUUUAAAGAGAUGGGUUUUUUUGAUAAAAAUUGUAUUCUAAUUAUAAUAAAGUAUUUAAAUCCUUGUUUGGUUUUUAAGAAAAAGGUGUUAUUUGGUGAAGUGGCAGUACCAAGGCAUUCAAAUUCAUAAAAUUGAUGCUCGGGUAGUUGUUCAAGGGAAAUAUAAAGUGUUCUGCUAAUAAUUUUCCACUAACUAAGAAAAAGACUCGUAAUUUAUUAGUUUCAUUGUUUGAAUUAAUGGAUGACUAAUUGAAUUUCCAGUAGUGAACAUAACAUAGAUUCGAGUAUAUUCUAUUUCAACAGCCUGAAGUAAAACAAAUCGUGUACCUUCAUCAAAUAAUCUGACUAUUCACUAUGAAAUAUUUUCUUUAACUUGGAGAUAUUCGAAGAAAGUUCAUCAAUAUUCAUUGUUGACCAUGGAGAAAAAUAUGACAAAUUCUACUGAAAAUCGUAAUUCCUAUACUUCAUGAUUUUCUAUUUCUAACCAUUUCAUACGAGAAUUCUGAUUGAUUUCUUUAAACAACACAAUGUAUAUGAAUCACUUAAUUUAUUUAACUCAUCCCUUGUACAAGACUUGGUAUGGUGUUAUUUAUAACCACAUAAAAGACUUCUAAACAUUUAAGUAAUAAGGUUUCGGUGUACGAUUUUUCUAGUGAACUUUCAAUGAAAUAUUUCGUUUACAUCAUUAAUCAUAGAAUAUAUCUUUUCCGUUGUUAUCAAUAUACGAAACACUGUCCUUUACAAAAGUCUUAAUUUUUGUCAAUCGUUUUUUGCAUUAAUUCCAUCAGAGAUAAAUGUCGUGAAUGGAUAGUUGAAAUUUUUGAAGUUUCAUAUUAUUUUAUUGUUGUUGGAUAAUCUUUGUUGUUUGAUUAUAUUUUCCUUGAAAAAGCUUGAACCAGAUUGCCAGGCGAAACGUUAAAAUUCAUUCGCUGAGAUUUUACAAAUAUAUUCUUCUUUUUAAUGUCUCAAAUGAACUCGGCGCCCAAAUAUUGUGAAACUAUUCGUUCAAAUUUAGACGAAAGUUCUUAUUUAUUGUUGAAUAAUCUGUUUGAAAACUUGAUAAAAUUUAAUGUCAUUUUAAAGAAGCAAUAUGUGAAGACCACAUAUACACUGAGAUUUUUAUAAAUUCUGGUCUAC